AUGAAUAAGUUCAGCGCUGUGUUUUUAUUUGUUUUGCUUAGCAAUGCAGCCCUUGGCUUUAGAGUUAGACGACAAUCAACAAAUGCGCAGGACUUGGAUGACAGAUACGGCUGGGGUAACCCUAACAAUCCGUGGCAACCUAAUCCCUGGAUGGGACCAAGACCUACUAACCCAUGGAUGAGACCAUCGAACCCCUGGAAUGUUCCUCCAAAUCCAUAUCCUAACCCCUUCCCAGUAGAUCCUAUCCCCAAUCCAUUUCCUACAAUCCCACCAGUAACUACUACAACGCAGUCAUCAAACAGUCCCUCAACUGAGUCUGCUGCGGUCCAGGCUUGUGUCACAUCCUGCCCAGUGACCUCAGAGUACAAUCCAGUCUGUGGAUCGAAUGGCAACACUUACGACAACCCUGGAAGACUUGAUUGUGCUCAGAGAUGUGGCGUCUCCGUAACCCUAUUGCGACAGUCCAGAUGCCCUCCAGCCACACCCGCACCAACCGCAUAA